AUGGGACGAAGGAAAGUAGAUACGACACAGUUGUUACAAACCCAGAAAACCCUAAUAAAAGUUUUCAAGCAAAGAAAAGAUGGGAUCUUGAAGAAGGCGUUCGAGCUUUCAACUCUGUGUAAUAACGAAGUUGCUGUAAUAAUCUUCGGACCGAAGAAUGGUGAUCCUCCAUCAAUUUGGCCUAAGGAUUCAGAUAACCUAAUCAACAUACUUAAGAGGUUCGAGAACGAGAAGACGAGUAUCAAGGAACGUCGAAAAAGAGCUACAAAUAUGAUCCCCUGUUUUCGCAACAAUAAAGAUGAUGCAGUACUACCAGUACUGAAUAAGGGUGACAAUUAUCCCAUAUGGAGUGACAAAUUUGAUAGUUUCUCAGUACAGGAAUUAGUGGGUUUGGUUUCUUCUUUGGAAACUAAGAUUAAUGUUGUGAAUGCUAAGAUUAAUACUGUACGGGUGUGCUACCAGCCAUCGCCAAGCCGUUAA